CAGGAAGUGCAAUCGAACACAUAUGUGAAGAAACAAACGAAGAGGUAACACUUGAUAGGACCCUUCUAAUUCGAGCUGCCAAAUGUCUUUUAGCUGCCAUCACUAGAGUAUUACUUUUAGCGGACAUUGUAGUCGUCAAGCAACUUCUUUUAGCAAAAGAUAAGGUUUCACAUAGUUUAGAUCGUCUAGGAUCGGUGAAUAAUUUCACUGAAUUCGUGAAGGCCUUUAGUCAAUUCGGCGCCGAAAUGGUCGAAUUGGCUCAUCUGACUGGUGAUAGACAAAAUGAUUUGAAAGACGAGAGGAGAAGAGCGCAGAUGGCCGCUGCUAGGCAGGUUUUAGAGAGAUCGACGAUGAUGCUAUUAACAUCCAGUAAGACGAGUUUAAGACACCCCGACAGUGCUCCAGCAAGAGAAAACAGGGACACGGUGUUCUGCCAGAUGCGAAGGGCUAUGGAUCUCAUCCAUUAUGUCGUUAAAGAUGGGGUCUUGAACAAUGGCGUUUCCGGCUCACAUUCGCACCGGGAGGAGCUGGAAAAUGAUCGAGGGACGGCGUACGCUUGUAUGCGACAUUUGCAAAAAUUGUUGGAGCAUAGUAAAGUAACGAUCGAUCCCUCUUGUCAAGAUACCCUUCCUGCGGCCUUAGAAGCAGUAUUAGAAAGAACUCAGGAUUUCACUGACAGUGCCUAUACAAGCCAUGAACAUAGGGAAGCUAUUUUAGAAGCAAGUGAAAGACUCAAAGCUGAACUAGACCAUCUUUUAGGACUAUAUGCCAAUGUGGUCCAGAAUGAUUUCGAUAUGGCAGCGAAUUCUCCCGAAAUGGAAGAGUCCGUGCAGGCUUGUAUAAAUUCAGCUCGUGAUCUUUCCCGGCAUUUGGCAAACGCAGCCAUCCAUCAGGCUCAGGAUUUGAACACCGCUACAAAACAGGGCCUGGAGAUGGUCGCAGCGAUUCGACAACAGGCUAUUUCCGGCGAUAUCGACAGAUUGAAUCAUACCUCUGAUCGGUUUCAGGAUUCUAUCGAUCAUAUUUUGGAGGUCUGCAAACUUUUGCGUCACGUAGCGGUUUCCGAGACACUUCAAGUGUCGGCGAAAUUUACCGAGAUAAAUUUACGAGUAUAUGGACCUCAAGUGGUGACGGCUUCGAAAACAGUUUCCUCGCAUCCCGGAAGUAAAAUUUCCCAGGAAAAUCUUGAAGUUUUUGCCGAGAUGUAUCAGUGGCUCGUUUCAGACGUUACGACGAUAGUCAAGGACGUUUUAGAUGCUAGCCAAGCCAAACCCGAAAAACAAGUUUAUAUGUCAUUGCCUAGACCUGGGAAACAUGGUACUACGUCCAAACCUGUUAAGGCUGUGCGAUUAGAUACAGAAGAGCAAGAGAAAAUUGCCAAAUCCGGAUUGGAGAUGAAGCUAGCUACUAGUGAAAUGGACGCAGAAACCGAAAAAUGGCAGGAAAAUAAUAGCGCGCAAAUGGAUGAAAACAAUGAUAUAGUUAAGAGAGCAAAAAACAUGUCUUCCAUGGCGUUUUCCAUGUAUCAAUUUACAAAAGGAGAAGGUCCCCUGAAAACUACCCAAGAUCUUUUUACUCAAGCAGAAUACUUUGCAGAAGAGGCCAAUAGAUUGUAUAAAGUAAUCAGACAGUUUAGUUAUCAGGUUCCUGGUGGUGCCCAAAAAAAAGAACUUCUAGAAAAUCUGGACAAAGUCCCCACAUUCGUUCAGAGACUACAGUUUACCGUCAAAGAUCAUACCGUAGGCAAAGCGGCAACUUUCACUAAAGUAGACAACGUCAUUCAAGAAACAAAGAAUUUAAUGAACGUAAUAUCAAAGGUUGUGACUGUUUGCUUCGAGUGCGCAACCAAGUUCAAUAUCACAUUACCACAAAGAGUUACUGUACCUUGUAAUGAGUCGAUCGGUGGACUAUUACCAAAGCAAUUAAGUCCCCAGGCCUUGCAUAGACUUAUAAAUGACAGAAAGGGUGUACGGACAUUACCCCGAUGA